UUUUGAUGCCGCGUUAGCUGUAUCAGCACACAUUCAAACUAGGGUGGUUAAAUAACUUUCUGUCAGUCAGAAUGUCUGGGGCUCACGCAGAGAGCGUGAUUAAAAACAUUAUCCGUGCGAUAGUGCAGCAGUGUGCCGCGAGAGGACACGCGGUGUCGGACACUCUGGUCGCUUUCAUGGUGAAAGCUGUUGUGCUAGACCCAAGGAAUGGUUUCAAUGUUGAUCGAACACUGACCAAACAAGAUGUCCAGAAACUGGAAGAGCUGUGUCUGGGUAAACUGAUGGAAGAGUGCAGCCCGUCCCUAGACACAAUCAAAAUGCAAGUGCACUUCGACAUGAAUUACACCUCCCGGCCCGCCCUGCAGAGCGUCUUCCCUCAGACUGAGCUGGGAGCCUUCAUGGUCCUCCUGAAGAGAGACAAGGAGCAGCAGCUCAGAGAGCUCACCAUGAUCGUCACAGGGAUCAGACUGUUCAACAAAGCCAGCAAGAAGGGAGGCGAGGAGACUGACCUCCAGGAACUGAUGCCUUCCAUUCUUAAUGAAGCUCUUCCAGUCACCAGUAAGAGCAUAGAAAAGGAGCUGAGUGUGUCACAGACUCUGGCGUGGAGAUACACCUCCGUGCUGGAGAAGCAGUCUGACAGUCAGCCUGCAGAAUGUGACCCCCCCGCCGUCCUGCUCAAACAGGCUCUCUACAACGUCCGGCAGCAUGAAGUCUUUCUCAAAAUGUUACUGGCUGAUGCAUGUUUAUGUGCCAAGCAUGUAGAAAUGCUGCAGACUGCACUCUCAUCACAAAUGAAGCUGCUGAAAGAAACCAUACAGGCAAAGACAGCUGUACCCACUGCAAACGUUUUUCCGCGCUUUAAGUCCCUGUCAGAGCUGUGGUCUGCACUGCAGGAUGAGGCUCAGCUGCUGAACAUCCUCAGGAGCAUCCUGCUCAGCCUGCAGCCCUUCACUGCCUCUCAGGCCAAGAUCUUCUCUGAGGCAUGUGUGGACGGCCUGCUGGAGGCGGCAGAGGUGAAGACAGACCAACAGAGAAUGGCUGAGUCGGCAGAUGAGCGUAUAGUCCCAGCUGAGAUGAACACACAGGAGUGGCUCCUGCCUGAAACCACAACCAGCUUUGAUGAGCUGCCGCUGCAGUAUAACGGAGUCUGUGGCUACUCACUAGUGACCAGAGACGGGUUGCUACUCCCAGGCUACCCACACAUCGGAGUCUUUCAUCACGAGGAGAAGCUCUAUGUGUUCAGCUCCAAAGAAGCAGCAUUAACAUUUGCCUCCAGUCCGGGGGACUUCAUUGCAGAGGUAGCAGAGAAAGCCAAGCUCUCCCCUGAACUCAUCCAGCUCCUCCAACUCCACCGACAGUUCUCCUGCGUCAGUCCUUACUCAGAGUUGCAGCCAGGAGAGAGUUUAUUGGUGAAGCCCAUCACUAAGUGUGAGAGCGGCACACAGACAGACAUCCACCCAUUGGAGACAAACAUCGACAAGUCAUACGAGUGGAAUGAGUGGGAGCUGAGAAGAAAAGCUAUCAAACUGGCCGAUCUGCGGACCAAAGAGACACGGUCGAUGCAGACUGAUCUGAGCCACAUGAGGCGGGAAACCGCCACGCAGACCUGGCCGCCCAAAGACGCUGCCACUCAGAGCAAGAGAGACGGGGACAGCAGCGUGCCCAGACCUCAGGUGUACCUGGCCGGCCUGAGGGGACAGAGAGACGCACACGUGGUCCAAACAAACCUGACCCGGCCCGUGGACCAAUAAACAGGGAUCUGAAACGUCAAAAUAAAAGUUAGUGUAAGCAUGUUUUUGUUUUUAUUCAUUCUGCUUUUGAUGAGGACUGGAGGACUUUAUAAAAUACAAAAGCAUAGCCAGGUGGUUUAAGUUUUCCUAUUUCUUUAGUUUUAUGCAGUAUAUAUGUAGCGAGGGAUUUCAGAGCGUUUCAAAAUAGAAUGUUUUAAAUGCAUGCACAUUCGCAGGCUAGUAGUCUGUGUAGGCUGGAACAUAAGACAAGUACUAAAACUGAAGUCUACCAUUCCUUUAUUCGUCUGAAAGUAUGACAAGACUGUGUUUUUGCACCAGUGUUUUCAUGUUUGUUUCAUCCCCUUACUUUGGUCUAAAUUUACUCUUACAUUAAAACAAAAAACAUGAAUGUUCGGCAAAUAUGUAUUAACACCCUUCUACGCUGUAAACAAUGUCUCAGAAUACUGGUUUACAUGAAUAACUGCAGUGAAUAUACAAAUAAUACACACUCAUAAUGCUUCCAAAAUGAUAAUGUUGUUGAUUUGAUGGUGUGCAUUCUCUGAUGGAUGAACAUAAUCUAGGCUUACCCAUUCAUUUCAUAUGGAGGUCAUUUAUGAGCGGGAACAAAGUUGAAUAAAGCACUCAGAAUUCAAUGAAAGUGGUGAUCAGCAAUAUUACAUGUUCCAGCGCCUACUGUGGAGGAUAUCAUAAGACGUUGAAGCAUCAUGUAAAACACAAUAUUUAUGAUUGAUGAAAGUAGUAAAUUGGUAACAAAUUGGCCCUAACACGACAGGAGGGUUAACAGAAUGCUUAACCAAGGAAGAAAAAAUAACACAGAGCUCAUUAUAAGUUAUGAAUACACUCUUCAUUUAUCUGUACCACUCUUUAAAGGGCUUUGCAAAUCAAAUAGGUAUUGAAGGGCCUUAGUGUGUCCUUCAGCUUGAAUAUGGGUUAUUGUUCCAGUGGCCUUCAUAUUCUACAAGGCCUGAAAUAAUUCCAGUAUACAGUUUUAAUUGAAGCUCGAUGGUGUUUAAAAUGUGACGGGUUAUCUCUUAUCUCACUAUAAAAACAAUAAGAUCCAAGCUGUUAUAAAGCAGAAAUAUGCAUUAAGAGGACACUUAAGACACUGAAAUGCAGCCACUGAGAAGGAUAUGGUUAAUGCUGAUUUGAUACAGUUACAGUGACGGUCUCUUCU